AUGGACCAUACUCCAACGCAAAUAUCGAAGGAUGAUCCAGAUUUCAAGGGAAUCGAGGCAAAUGACAUAGAGCGGACGGCCACCUCUGGCACCGAAAAGCAUGGAAGUACUCUUGUUCUAUCGGUGGGAGAUGAUGUCGGCUACCAUCGAUCCCUAACAAGGCGUCAAAUCAUGAUGAUGACCUUCGGUGCUGGUAUUGGAACGGGGCUAUGGGUGGGAACUGGGCAAGCAUUGCAUUAUGCUGGCCCUGCUGGCACGGCUAUCACCUACACCAUAACCGCAAUGAUUGUCUACGCUCAAUACUCCUCUAUCGGUGAAAUGACUACAUACAAACCCAUUCAUGGUGGUUUUAUUCGCCAAUGUGCUGAAUAUGUGGAUCCGGCCUUUGGCUUUGCAAUCGGUGUGAACUUCUGGUUCGCGUGGGUCAUGAUUAUCCCAGCGGAGAUUACCGCUGCUAUAUCAGUAUUGAAAUACUGGCCGGAAACCGAUGUGGUACCCUUAGCAGCAUACAUCACCAUAUUCCUCGUGGUGAUAGCGGUUGCAAACAUGUUCCACGUCCGCGUUUAUGGAUACAUCGAGUACUAUAUGUCAUUCGUGAAGUGCCUCGCAGUCGUUCUUAUGAUCUUCUUCAUGUUUAUCAUGACCUCCGGGGGUAUUCCUGCCACCAACGGUCCAAUUGAGUUCACGUACUGGAAGAACCCCGGAGCCUUUAACAACGGAAUCAAAGGCAUUGCCAAGGCAUUUGUGCAAGCGGCUUUCAGCUUUGGUGGCGGUGAGCAUAUUGCUGUGAUCGCGGGCGAAGCCAAAGACCCCCGACGCACCAUCAAGAAAACAGUCAGACCAGUCUUUUGGAGAAUGUUCACAUUCUUUGUGGUCAACAUAUGGCUUGUUGGAAUGUGCGUCCCUUCGAACGACACCGAUCUUGUUAAUGCAAGCGGGACUAUGGGAAGUCCUUUUGUCAUUGCAAUCAAGCGAGCAGAUGUAUAUGGUCUUGCCCAUGCAAUCAACGGCUUCAUCUUCCUCAGCGUGAUUAGCUGUGGAAUUACCAGUGCUUAUAUCGCAAGUCGAAGUCUCACAGCUCUGUCGGACCUGCAGAUCAUUCACCCCUUCUUCGGAAGAAAAGACUCACAUGGAAGACCAUAUGUGUCACUUGUCAUCAGUUUGGGUCUUGGCGGAGGACUUUGCUACCUUAACACCAACAGUGUGGGCACUCUUGUCUAUGGCUGGUUCUCUGCCUUGGUGGCAAUCGCGACACUGUUCCAAUGGGCCUCGAUCUAUAUAGCUCAUCUGCGAUUCCGCCAAGGUCUUCGGGCACAGGGCAAGGAUCUUAGCAGUCUUCCAUUCAAAGGUCUGCUCACACCAUGGGCACAGUACUUCGGUCUUGUGAUUGUGCUGUUCGUCUUUGGUUGUGAGUUUUACUUGGCAUGUUGGCCAUUCGGAGAAAAGGGCUCAGUCAAGAGCUUCUUUUCCUCUUACCUCGCAGCUCCAUUGUUCUUUUUCGACUACUUUGUCUACAAGUGGUAUUACAAAACCAAGAUCGUCAAGCCAGUUGAUAUGGAUUUUGGCCCCGCGAAAGCCUUCGAUGAACAGGAUGUCAUCAAUGCGAUUGCCACUGAGAGCACACCACCGAGCUUGGAAGGAGCCGAUAAGCAACGCUGGUUUAAGCGUGCUCAGUAUAUGAUUUUUGGAUAG